AUGGUGCAUCGACGACUAAUUUCAGGGGAAAACGGUCGCACCUGGUGGCAAGUUGGAUGGGCUCCUUGCGCAAAUUGUUGCCAAUUAAACCCGACAAUUAGCCGCCGACCGAUAUAUAGUCUCGUCACACACCAGCUCUAAUGGAAUCUGUGCAGCUUAAAAUGAGUUGGGACUGUGAAAAUGUGACGGAAAAGUGGUUUUUUGAAGCUUCUGUGAGAAAAUUUCUUGGUCAAUAGUUGAGAGUUUCGGUGGCCUAUUUUUUGUUCUUGAGAUCAUUUUUUGGAAAGAAGACGGUUCAGAAGUUUUCUGGUACUGAAGAUAAAGUAGGAAAGCUGGGAUUACUGUUUUUCGUAUUAGUAUGUUGCUGCGAAAAAGAUCUCAAUAGGCUGGAAAACGCCUUGGAUUCUUUUUAAAGACCAGGAAACUUGGUUGGAGCUACGUUUCCUGUGAGAAGCUCAGAAUACGGAAGAAAUAUGACUUCAUAACACUACAAAGAGCUCAAAAUUUGUUUCCCUUUGAACUUGUGAAAGCUGCGGAGAAGCUAAGAAAGCUGUAUGAAGGCUCAAAAUAUUGUAAAGCCCUUCAAAAUCUUCUUCUUGCCUCUAAAUAUUUAUAUAAGGAGCUUUAAGACGGUAUAAACACGAUGAGACAGCUUCAAGUUCAUAUUGGAGCUAUCUCGUGAGUCUCUGAAAUAUUUUCUUUUUUUAUCUGAAGCUCUAGAGUCAGUUUGAACGACCCUAUUUGGUGCUUGCUUCAAGUUAUUAACCUUGAAGUCAAACCUUUCGCAGGAAAAGGAGCAACAUCAAUACAUUCCAAUUCUGAUACAGUACCCUCCUCUCAAGACCGGAAACAAGAAACAAGCGCCGUCUCGAUGGCACCCCAAUCGAGUCAAGCCGAAUCUGACGGAACACUUUGACCCGACGCCUCGUGUCGGCAAACAACCGAAACCAUCAAUUUCGGCGCCUUCCGCCUUGUUCGGCCGCCGGAUUAGUCACACUGAUCGUCAAACAAUCGAGUUGGAGGAAGAGCAAGAGCAUGAGUUGGUCAAGAGUUGUGUCCAUAUUGGGAGGAACACGAAAAAAGUACAGUCUUUUUUCUUCUUCCUACGCCUUUGUACCGCUUGAGCGGUGUCGCGGCUCAAGCGGUACAAAGGCGAAGUCGAUUAAUCGAGGUACUAUCCUGAUAUCAGUGAUAAUCAGUGGACUGGCUCUAGUGACCUAUCCGUCCUUGUUUGGGACGGUUGGGGAUUUUUGAAAUCGCGGUUUCCCACUACCAACAUUUCUUAAACCUUGGUUGGGUCGAUCGAACUUGUGACCCUGUGGACCGUAGACAGGCACACAACCUGUUGCGCUACGGCGUGAAUGCCAAGAAACUACAGUAA